UCGGAGGUUGCUGUGUUGACUUGAAAAUUGAAGUUAAAGUAAACUUCAAAAUUUUAAUUUUGCAAUGUUUUUGUGUAGGUGAAAGUGAGAAGUAUAUAUAUUUCAAUAGAAGACACAUUAUGACUUCCCAGGAAGCCCAAGGGGAAUUGGUCUCUACUAGGUUCGCAACUAUUGCUGUAUUAAUAAUUUUCAUUAGUUCCUUGUUUGCAUUAUUUAUGGUUUACCGAACAUUCCCAAAUGUUACCGAGGAAGAAAGACAACACAUUAAAUUACCAUGGAAUAUCGAGGAUGCGAAACAGCUGGGUAUUGUUUUAAAUCGUUACAAAAGUGAUCACUAUUAUCAAGUUAUGGCAGGAGUUUUUAUAACUUACAUAUUCUUGCAGACAUUUGCCAUUCCAGGAUCACUGUUCCUCUCGAUACUGUCAGGAUUCUUGUUUCCAUUUUUUAUAGCCUUAGCGCUAGUCUGUACAUGUUCAAUGGUAGGCGCAGCGCUUUGCUUCUUACUGUCCCAGCUCCUAGGUAGAAGGCUAGUGUUGAAAUAUUUCCCUGAAAGAGCCGAGAAAUGGGCCUUAGAAGUGAACAAACACAAAGACCAUUUAUUUAAUUACAUGGUAUUUUUACGGGUCACCCCGUUUCUGCCAAAUUGGUUCAUAAAUCUAACCGCUCCCGUGAUUGGAGUGCCUUUGUCCCCUUUCGCUUUCGGCACGUUCGUGGGUGUCGCACCACCUUCAUUUAUCGCAAUACAGGGUGGGCAAACUUUGCAGAGCAUGACUGCGGAAGAUAGCGCCUUUAGUAUAAAUUCUUUUAUAUGGUUGGCCGUGUUCGGUGUAAUAUCUCUCAUUCCGAUAUUUCUCAAGAAAAGACUAAGGGAGAAGAUUGAUUAGGUCUCUCCCAGUGUAUGUAAAUAAAUUGUUAGUUAAAUUAUCUGCUGUAAAUUGA